AGAGAGAGAGAGAGAGAGAGGCAAGUGGGCGGCAUGCGAGCUAUACAGACGUGCAUCCUCGCCCAUUAAAGCCCUGUCACUUUUUUUUUCUUAAGCAAAUCCGCUCUUCUGUGAGCCUGAGCACUUCCGUGCAGCCUGAAGGCUCCAGAGGCGAGGAGGAAACCUGUGUGUUGAAGCUCAGCAACAGGGCACCGCGCAGUAGUGCAAAGGCGCACGAUGCCGCUGAACACGGGGAGCUGCCGCCACUAGCACCGGCGCCUCGCCGCGGACUGCGGACGAACCCCCCGAUAUGCGAAUGGUGAGAGGAGGAACAAGUGGAAGAGCACACGGAGCAUGUAGCUUCCCCGCCGCGUCCCGCGCAGCCAAGACAAGCGGAGCAGCCAACAGAUAGCUUAGCUAUAGGCUAAACCGGCUUUAUUUAGCGUCAUACAUGCAAAGUUAAUCGUGGCUACAGCGUGUAGGCUGGUAGUUCGGCUGAGAAACAAAAGGAACCGCAUUUUUAUUAUUAUUUUUGCCAAAGAAGACUAAAGGAGUCAAGUAUGAUACGGAGAAGGCUAAAUCGUCUGUUUGGUGGUGAUGAGAAACGAGUGGACAGUAGGACUAUUUUGGUAGGACAUCGCACAUGUCCGGCGACCGAGGCCUUCAUCCCUCCUAAAUUCUGUGACAACAGGAUAGUGUCUUCCAAGUACACAAUAUGGAACUUCCUGCCAAAGAACCUGUUCGAGCAGUUCAGAAGAAUCGCCAAUUUCUACUUCCUCAUUAUAUUUUUGGUGCAGGUUAUCGUGGACACCCCGACCAGCCCGGUGACCAGCGGCUUACCACUGUUUUUUGUGAUAACAGUGACAGCUAUCAAACAGGGAUACGAGGACUGGCUGCGGCACAAGGCAGACAACGAAGUGAAUAAGUACCCAGGGAGGGUGCUGGAAAACGGUCAGCCAGCACGAAAGGAGAGCGAGAAGAUCAAGGUGGGUGAUAUAGUGGAGGUUGUGGAGGACGAGACCUUUCCCUGUGACCUCAUUUUGCUGCAUUCCAGUCGAGACGAUGAUACGUGCUUCGUCACAACAGCCAGCCUGGACGGGGAGUCCAACCAUAAAACACAUUACACUGUGCCAGAUACAGAGAAGGAUCUGCAGUCUCUCAUUGCUACCAUCGAGUGUGAGCAGCCCCAGCCUGACCUCUACAAGUUUGUGGGACGGAUGCACAUUUACAAGCCCGAGCAGGAGUCACCAGUAAGAUCUUUGGGUCCAGAAAAUCUGCUUCUCAAAGGCGCUACUUUAAAAAAUACUAAGAAGAUUUAUGGUGUAGCGGUGUACACAGGCAUGGAGACAAAAAUGGCUCUUAACUACCAGGGCAAGUCUCAGAAACGCUCAGCCGUCGAGAAGUCCAUCAAUGCUUUCCUGCUGGUCUAUCUGUGCAUCCUGGUCAGUAAAGCCGUGGUGUGCACUACACUAAAGCACAUUUGGCAGAACCGAGAAGGACCUGACAGAGCCUGGUACAACCAAGAAACCCAGAAGGAGAAGGACACUUAUUUGUAUCUGAAGAUGUUUACAGACUUCCUCUCCUUCAUGGUGCUCUUCAACUUCAUCAUCCCUGUAUCCAUGUAUGUCACUGUGGAGAUGCAGAAGUUCCUGGGUUCCUUCUUUAUCACAUGGGAUAAGGAUUUCUUUGACCCAGAGAUUCAAGAGGGGGCGCUGGUUAAUACCUCUGACCUCAAUGAGGAGCUCGGACAGGUUGAGUACAUUUUCACAGACAAGACGGGGACACUGACCCAGAACAACAUGGAGUUUAUUGAGUGCUGUAUAGAUGGCUUUCAGUAUAAGGACACAGAGGCCAUGAGUGAGGUUGAUGGGUUCUGCGUGACAGACGGGCCAAUGAACAAACUGCAUCAGAAGGCUGGGCAUGAGAAGGAAGAGCUUUUCCUGCGGGCUCUGUGUCUAUGUCACACAGUGCAGGUGAAAGAAGCAGGGCUCGAUGAGAUUGACUGUGAUCAAAUAGAUGGGCUGGAUGCAGAACACUCGCAGCAGGCCGAGCAGACAGGAUACAUCGCAUCCUCCCCCGAUGAGGUCGCUUUGGUUAAAGGGGCUAUGAAACAUGGGUUCACCUUCAUGGGUUUGGACAGUAAAACGAUGAAGAUAAGAAACAGGCAAAAUGACAUAGAAGAAUACGAGUUGCUUCACGUGCUCAACUUUGACCCUGUGCGGCGGCGAAUGAGUGUCAUAGUCAGGACCCAGAUGGGUGAGACACUGCUUUUUUGCAAAGGGGCAGAUUCCUCUAUCUUUCCCAGAGUUAGGCCGGAAGAAGUGGACCGAAUCCGCAUGCACGUUGAGCGCAACGCUACGGAAGGUUAUAGGACCCUGUGUGUGGCGUAUAAGCUGCUAAGCCCAGAGGAGUAUGCUACAGCAGACGAAAAUCUAAGGGAAGCCCGACUGGCUCUGCAGGAUCGUGAGGAGAAACUCAUGGCUGUGUACAACCAGGUGGAGACAGACAUGAGUCUGAUCGGAGCUACAGCAGUAGAGGACAGAUUGCAGGAAGAGGCUGCUGAGACCAUGGAAGCCUUACAUGGAGCUGGAAUGAAAGUGUGGGUUCUUACUGGAGACAAAAUGGAGACGGCCAAGUCCACAUGCUAUGCUUGCCGCCUGUUCCGGAGUGGCACAGAGCUGCUGGAGCUGACGGUGCGAACGCUGGAGGAAGGAGGGAGGAGGCGUGAGGAAAGACUCCAUGAGCUCCUUCUGGACUACCACAAGAGGGCAGUGCAGGACGCAGCACCCAUCAAAGCUGGAAUCACCAGGAGCUGGUCCACAGUGAAUCAGGAAUAUGGCUUCAUCAUAGAUGGAGCCACGCUGUCUUUAGUAAUGAACAAUUCUCCUGAUACAAACUCCAGUCGCUACAAGAGUCUCUUCCUGCAGAUCUGCCAGAACUGCACAGCUGUGCUCUGCUGCCGCAUGGCACCACUGCAGAAGGCGCAGAUAGUGAGAAUGGUAAAGAAUUCUAAAGGCUCUCCCAUCACCCUGUCCAUUGGGGAUGGUGCCAAUGAUGUCAGCAUGAUCCUGGAGGCUCAUGUGGGCAUCGGUAUAAAGGGUAAAGAGGGAAGGCAGGCAGUCAGGAACAGUGACUAUGCCAUCCCUAAACUGAAACACCUAAAGAAGCUAUUGCUUGUGCACGGCCACCUCUACUACGUCCGCAUCGCUCACCUCGUGCAGUACUUCUUCUACAAGAACCUCUGUUUCAUUUUACCUCAGUUCCUGUACCAGUUCUUCUGUGGUUGCUCACAACAGCCCCUGUAUGAUGCAGCGUAUUUGACGAUGUACAACAUCUGCUUUACCUCUAUGCCUAUCCUGGCAUACAGUCUGCUAGAGCAGCACAUAGCCAUUGAGGUCCUGCUACAUGAUGCCACUCUUUACAAGGAUAUAGCCAAGAAUGCUAUGUUACGGUGGGCUCCAUUCCUCUGCUGGACCAUGCUGGGGCUUUUCCAGGGGCUUCUCUUCUUUUUUGGUGUCAAAUAUUUGUACACCAACCCAGCACUACAGGACAACGGCCAGGUGUUUGGAAAUUGGUCCUAUGGAACAACAGUUUUUACAGUCCUUGUUUUUACUGUCACACUAAAGCUGGCCUUGGACACACGGCAUUGGACAUGGAUUAACCACUUUGUGAUGUGGGGCUCACUGGCCUUCUAUGUGUUUUUCAGCUUCUUCUGGGGAGGCAUAAUAUGGCCAUUCCUGAAGCAGCAACGGAUGUACUUUGUUUUCGCUAACGUGCUUAGCUCGGUAUCCGCCUGGCUGGUCAUCAUCCUCCUCAUCCUCCUUAGUCUCAUUCCACAGAUCCUGUUCGCGGUCUUGCGUAAACCCAGAGGCCCCCGCUCUCAACAGAAGAAGUCUGCUCGCUCGGGUACAGGGAGCAGCCAGUCUUCACGAUCUUCAGCCCGGCCUCUGCUCAUGAGAACCUUUUCAGACGAGUCCAAUACUGUCAUAUGAUCAGCUGUCAGAGGACCCCCUCCUUCAUACAGCCAGAUCACCACCAUCACCACAUUGUCCUACAAGGCUCUGAAAGAACUCAACUGAAGGACAUGGAAAAGCCUGGAAGGAAAGGAAACACCCCCCCACACACACACACCACCACCACCUCCUGAGCUGUACUGGCUACCUGUCCCUCCUGCCUGGUCAAAACAGGACAAGAAAAUGGAAGCAACCAAAUGAAAAUAAAUCAAACCAACAAAGCCUUUUCAUCCCAGGCCUGGAUCCAGCAGUCAUAUGGCCCUCUGUCCUCUUUGUCCUUUACUCUUUAUAGUAUGACUUCACAUAUGCACACUGUGUCGCUGGUCUUCACAGCAUGUGCCACUUUUCGUCCAUGAUGUUUCAUGACCCAUUCAGCACUUCUUGCUUGAGCAUUAGAGAGGAGGAUUAGCAGGAUUGUGGGCAUUCUCGAACAUGCUGUAGUGAUGGCAUUGACCUUACUGGUUUACAAAGCUGCCUUUCAACAACAUGCUGUCUGUCCACUUGUGCAAAGCGAAAGGUGUGCAUGUGUUUUCCUAUCGCGUGUGAGUGUGUGUGGUCAAGAGGUAUAUUCUAAAAUUGGGUGCCAACAUUUCUUUCCUCCUCUAUAAUACAUUUGAGUGCAGAUCAUAGUGUCUAAUAAUGCAGGGAUCACUCGAGAUAUCGGAUUAUGGAUUUGUUAAUAAGUAGAUAUGUAUUUCUGUCUGUGUUUGCUGGAAACCAAAAAAAGUCUUCUGGAGUGCCUGCUCUGCAUAACCAGUCCUGCACGUGUAAUGGUGUGUGUUUUGUGUGUGAGAGACUAAACUAUACUUCAACACACAGUGUGUGGAGCACGGGUUCAUUGUGUUCUCUUUGUAUUGGCAUGGGGUCAGGUUUUACUCUUCAUUGUGUAGUUUUUUUUGUUUUUGUUUUUGUUUUUUUCUGUAUUCGUCAUGAGCAUAGCAUUUAUUUUAUUUCUCUUCUUCCUAGUUUGCGCUUCUUCAUACAUUCCAUCGCUGUGUGCCAUAAUUUCCAAUCACUUUUCUCAGUUAUUCCUGAUUUGUAUUUGUAUUUUUCUCUGUCUACUGUAUGAAUCAAUUUGACAUAUUUAUUUAAAUAACUUUGUCACACAGGUUAUAUUUUUAUGACGUGUAUCUUUUUAUCAUGAAGAACAGUACGUUUAGAUCCGUGUAAUCCCACAUGCCGGGCUCAGUGGAUGUUCAAGAGCAGGGAUAGCUGUUAGAUCAGCACUUCACACAUCACCCGGUGGGUUUAGAGUUGGAACAGUGCUCGCGGUCACAUCUCAGUAAGCCCUUUAAAGAAAGCUGAAUGAUUAUUUUACGUUUUCAUGUAUUUGCUAGUAGCCCAAAGUGGGCGUAAAGAACCAAUUUUUCAGCAUGAUUAUAAUUUUUAUAAUUUUUUUCAUUAAAGAAAUAAAUAAAGGUCAUGUUUUGAAAUCAUUCAGAUCUGGAAUGCACCGUGCCCUGUUACCGUUACAGCGUAACUCGAUUCAAACCAGCUUUAUGUGCAUUACUGUGAGAGCAGUGGCAAUUGUUAGACCUCUGACUGUGUCAUGAUGCCAAGCAUCUUAAGUCCAGAUUUUAGUUCACCGACAAGCACUUUCUGAUUCUGUCAUCAAUUGCUAUUUUGAGAAAAGAAAUCUACAUAACAAAAAAGCUCUAUAAUGUAUUUUUUUAUUUCAUUUGUUUGAAAGAUUUAUUUGAAGAUGUCUGGGUUAUACAGCCAUUUAGCAGUGACAUUCUGAGUCUUAUUUGUCUGUGUGUAGAGCUCAGAAUGGGGAUGGGUGAAUGGGGACCUGCUUGCAAUGUUUCAAAUACCUUUAAAAGAUAUCAGAGAUGCUAUUUUCAAGCUUAUUACUGUUUGAUUGUCAUAAUUGCCUGAAAACAAGAAAAAAAAGGUUGACUUUUUACUGCACCCUUUUUCCAUUCUAAUUUGUAAGAAAAUGGGGGAAAAAUGUAAAAAAACUAAACAAAAAAAAAAGGUGUAAUACUAUCUGAGGGUGAAAACUGGGCCAGUUUCAGGAUGUGGUGCUGAUGGGAGUCCAGCACCAACAUAGGCAGCCAUGUCCUCUGUGUCAGGACCCUCAGGCUCCCACCCUUCAAGCUGAAUGUACCUCUUCAACAAUGGUCUGUUCCAAAUUAUGGGAAAAAAACUUUAUAUAAUAAAACUGUUUUUGAAAUCAAA